CUUUUCUCUCUCCAAAUCACCAUCCUCAACUGGAACAUCCAAGGUCCACUACGAUCUCGUCUUCCAAGCUGACACGAACUCAACAGAAGAAACCUUUCACAGAACUCUCAAUAUGCUUCUUAAUAAGCUUCUUGCUUCUCUCUCCGCUUUUAGCCUCGUGGCAGCCAACACGAUCACCUUCGUAUCCCUUGACGAACAUAACCGCACAAUUUUUUCCAAGCACAAGAUUAAGUGCACAAAUGACGACCACGGAAUUUGCAACGAUGUCAGCCUUGCGGACAUUGCCCCAGUCGAUGUCCCUGGACUCGCUCAGAUCAACGUCGAGCUUCCCUCGGGCUGGGAAGGCAAUUUCUAUUCUGUCCCGGGCGGUACCCCGGAUCGUACUGGAAUGCUGGCCGAGAUUCGGUCCCAGGGCUUCGAGAACGGAAGUUACUACGACGUCUCAGCGCUCGAGAACCCCAACGACAACGUCGGAGUGAAGCAGUUCUGGCCUGCUCACGACCCCAACGCUGAGGUCAGCGGGUGCAUUCAGUUCCCCUGCCCCUACACCUACUAUCAUCCCAACGACCUGCAGACGAAACCGGCCACCUGGUCCGACAAGUUCUAUUGUACCCUUGGGAACGCCGAUCUGUCAAAGAACCCGCACCUGGCUCAGUGGCACAUGGUUUACGACCACGAGACGAAGAAAUGGGCUCCUCUCUCUGCGUAGCCAAUCCGGCCGGCAUCGACGAGACAACAUACACCCAUCGGACUCUUUGUGACUCUAAUCAAGAAACAGACCUCAACUCCCGAUUUGACAGCCAACUAUGGCCGGAGCCAUAGCCAUAACGCCACCGAGCAGCAGACGGUCUCUAACUAGUCGUCAUUGUUGAACAGCAAAAGAAACAGCCGACAAUCGACUCUCGCCCUUUUUUUUCCUGAUUGGCUUGGAGUCACGGGUUGUGUGUGGAUAGAUCACCGAGUCACGGCGAGGUUCGAUAAGGUAACACAUGUACUUAAUGAUUUACUCUAGACCUGGAUUUGGCGAAAGAAACUUUCUGUAGUACAUGCCUCGGAGAGUCAGGAAAAGUAACAGGCAAAACAGGACUGCUUUUCAAUGGAGGAUAAACGAUACAGUAUGGUUAUUUGUUCACUUUCCACGGCGGGGUUACAAGACUCUCGGGCAGAAAAGUGUAUAUAGGGACAUAUGAGGGAGAAUUGUGUGACUAAGUUAGAUUUACGAACAAUAUCAUAUCGCUAGACCCUAG